AUGUCUCAUAAUGUUCGUGAAUCAAAUAUUCUUCUUUGUGGUUCAUCACGUGUUGGUAAAAGUACUCUUAUAAAUGCAAUAUGUCAACAAAAUCUUAUUAAAUCUAAUCAAAGUUUAAAUUCUAAUACAAAAACUAUUGAACAAUAUUCAUUUGAAAGUUCAUUUAAUAAUUCAAUACAUAAAACAAUAUUUUGGGAUACACCAGGAAUUGAAUCGUGGAAUGAAGAUGAUAUACAUAAUUAUAUGGAUUCAUUAAUUGAAAAAAUACAUCCAAUAUGUAUGAUAUAUUGUGCUUCACCUGGUUCAUUUGCUUUAGUAAAUCAUCUUGUUUGGAUAGUUAAUGAAUGUCAUAAAAAAAAAAUUUUUUGUGCACUUGUUUGUACGAAUAUGUGGUCAGGAAGAAAUCGACAAAUUGUUAUCGAUGAAUUUUGUAGAAUAUUGAAUAAUGUUCAUCCACAAAUCAAAUCAACUAAAGAAGAUGGAAUUAUUUAUUAUGAUAAUGUUGCUUUAGUUACAAUGGUUAAUAGUAUUGAAUAUAUUGAUGAAGACUUUAAUGUUAAUAAACCACAAUCCGGUAUUGAUGAGUUAAUAUUUGGUAUUGGAAAAUGUCUUCAACGAGAUUUUAUGUUUGCAUGGUUAAGAACUGUUUCACAUAAUAAAUCUUUUUGGAAAAAUAUGUCAUCAAAAUUAAAUAUACUUUUUCAAUUUCCAUAUGAAAAAUUUAAUAAUUUUUAUCAACAUGCAGAAAAUUUUCUUGAUUAUCUUUUUAGUUUUGAUGAUGAUGUUGCUGAUUAUCAAUGUACCACAUAUACAAACACAAAGGAUACAGAUGAAUCUAUAUUUCUUGAUGCAGAAAUGAUUGAAAAGCCUGAAGAUUCACAUGAAUCUAAAUUAAAAUUUAUUGUUAAAUCAAUAGAACUCGGUGUACAACUUAGUGAAGUUUUAGCACAAUUGGGUGCAACAGGUUCAAAUGCAGUUAAAUCAGAAACAACCAACGAACAAGAAAUUAUAAUUACUGCUAAAUUUAACGAUGAUGAACGUCUCAAGGCAGUAUGUAAUCUUUGUCAAAUAAUCAGUUAUGAUCAAGUUAAUUGCACAAUUGUUGAUUAA